AUGACAUACUCCGAGCGCCUUCCAUUGUUGGACGAGAAGGCCGCACAUGCCUAUCAACUGCAGAGGGAAGAUGAGACUUUCCAAAACUCGACGAAAUCAGCGGAGCGAAGUUUAAGCGACAUCCUACGCCAUGUUGUUCUACUACCUCUUCUCUGCGGCUUCGCCGUAUACGGAUCCUAUACCUUUUGCAGGCAACAUCUUAUCAGGGACACCAUGUUAUCAGUGCCAGCACACGAAAGCUCUACUUCUUUCAACUACACAUGUCUACCGGGACAGGCUUGUUGGCCGACCAUGAGCGAUUGGACCGCUUUCAAUCAGAGCAUCAACGGCAACCUCCGACUGACGGUACCUUGGGCCGCCUCGUGCUACUCAGAUCUGUCAAGCACGCAAUGUCAAGAGGUCGCGAAGAACUACGGCGAUGGAGUCUCACGCACGAAACACUAUGGAUCGACGGAGUUUCUCGACUGGGAGAAGUGCGACACGUCGCAAUGUGCACUUAACUCUUUCAAUACCUCAGAGCCUGUUUCCGGUACCUGCUCGCUUGGUAGACUCUCCUCAUACCAUGUUAAAGCUGAGACUGGGCAUGAUAUCAGCAAGACCUUGAGCUUUGUGCGCAAGCACGGCAUCCGUUUAUCGAUCAAGAACACUGGACAUGACUACUACGGACGAUCAACCGCGCCAAAUUCUUUAGCAAUCUGGACUCACAACAUGAAGGACACCCAGUAUCACGACACGUUCCAGCCCAAAGGCUGCCAGACUCGCUAUGAGAACAUUGGAGAGAUCGGCGCUGGCGUCCAGGCCCAGGAGGCGUGGGAGGCCUUUGAACCUCAUGGCAUGCAUGUCACUGUUGGAGCCGUCGCUUCUGUCGGCAUCGCUGGUGGAUAUGGUCAGGGCGGCGGCCAUGGGCCACUCGGUCCCAAAUACGGUCUGAUGGUCGACCAAGCUGUCGAGUUCGACGUUGUCACAGCCGACGGAGAACAGCGCACCAUUAACGAAUGCAGCGACCCGGAUCUUUUCUGGGCAAUGCGCGGAGGCGGAGGCGGGACCUACGCUGUGCUCACAUCUUACAAGUUCCAGCUCCACCCGGCCGAUCCUAUCAACGUAUAUAGCUUCCAAGCUCGCUUUCCCGCGCCGAAGAACAUUACAGAGUCGAAGGUACAUCGCGACAUCAUCACCGGGCUUGCCGCAAACCAAACGCUAUUUGCCAAGCAUGGAAUCGCUGGAUACAAUUUUGUGCUCUCAGAUCGUGUCGUGUUCUUGCAGGUCCUGCCCUCUAAUGACACGGAGGCGAUCAAAGACAUCACGUCCCAAUGGCACGACUUCUUGACGAACUACUCCGGUCUCAGCAUCACCGAGAAUGAGUAUCACUCCUUCAAGAAGUUCUCGCAGUGGCAUGAGUUCACGGAAAGACCCGAGAUAUCUCGCAACGGACCCGUGGGUCUAGGCUUCAAUGGCGCAGGGCGCUUCAUCCCCAGGAGUCUCUUCAACUCGUCCCACAACAUCGACCGGCUCGUCACUGCAGUCGUCACCGCCAUGCAAUUUUCACGUGUCAAACAUGGCAGUGGAGGCGCUCAGUUCUACGCUACCGGACCAGACAAUACUCCUGACAACGGUAAGACCAGCGUAAAUCCCAUCUGGCGAGACUCGCUAUGGGAAAUAGUCAUGGGCCAAUUUUGGACGACUGCUACACCGCCUGCGGCUCGCUCGCAAAUCCAAAAGACUGUCUCUGCUACGAUGGACAUCUUGAAAGCCGUCACACCGAAUGGUGGGUGCUACUCGAACGAAGGUGAUUGGACCGAGGAGAACUGGCAACAAACGUUCUUUGGGGUGCACUAUGAGAGAUUGCUGGCCGUGAAGAGACGCUAUGAUCCAACAAAUCUGUUCAACUGUUGGAAGUGUGUGGGUUGGACGGGAUAUGAUGACCCAAUGUACUCCUGCUAUGCGCAAACUCGACAGGAGCCGCGGCCUUCCGUUCCUCUUGGACCUGUUGGAUGA